UCUUAAUCGAAAAGCCAAUCAAAAAUUAUAAAAAACAUUUGGCUCACCGACACAAAGACUGAAAAUUACCACCUCCUGGCCCAUACCUUUUAAAAUUAAACCCGAAUCAGGCAAUUGGCAACCUGUCUGCCCAACAUGUUUCCUGAUGACUUCGACGUUGAACCCUUCAAUCCAUUCAAUGUGGGACCGCCCAAUAGUGGAGCCCGAUCUGAAUUUAAAAUACCCACCUGCGUUACGUAUCCGCCACCGGUGUUCGUACCCAAGUCCGAAUACCUGCAGCCAUCCAAGGAGUUGUCUGCCCGGAACAGCAAUCAAAGUGUGGGGCAGUCCAGGAUCGGCGAGGUGGACAUUUCCAAGGCCAUCAAUGAAGAGAUGGCCGUAGCCAAGAAGCAGGCCGCAGCCCUCAACGAAAAAGACCGCAUUGAUGCGGGUAAAGUCUCCAGGACGGAACUCUCCAAGGACUCCCCAUCAAAGGAAGCGGUUUCAAAGGACUCCAUGCGCACCUUAAUGCCAAUAAGGUCGCACCGACAGGUCAGUGGUGAGGGUAGAGCCAAUACCAAAUUGUCCAUAUCAGAGUCCAGUGUGGCCUCCAAAACUAGCUGCACACAUAAGCAAAGUCAGGCUGACAUGAACUCCAAGUCUUCAAACAUAGCAUUAAAACGAUCUGCAAUAGCCAGCAGUAUUUCCUCAAAUACCACCCUUCCGAAGUCAGUUUUGAAGAAGGAAAAUUCCUCAGAAGCGGACAAAGUGUCCACUGCCACAAUGAAUUCCAAGGUGUCGAAUAAACCAUCUGAAACCGGCACGCAGCGCUCCUUAAACAUAAAGCCUGCUGACUCCGACUCCAAGCAAUCUCUGAAAUCUGAAAAGCCAAAGCAUUCCGAUUUUAAGAUGCAGGAAUCACAGAUCACUUCGCGAGAACCAAGCCCCGCUGAUAUUAUCCCCAAGAAGGCGAGCCAGGAUCGAGCUCAUUCAAAGACCAACAAAUCAAAUGUACUGCCUGAAUCCAAGGAUGGACCCAGCUACAUUCGCUCGGAAACAGCUCUAUCCUACAGACAGUCCUUGAACCAGCAGGCUGCCGAGAUGGCGGAUCGGCUAAAUGCCGGAAAUGAAAACUUUAGGCGCUACAAUUCCGUGGCACGCAAUCACUCGGUGAAAGUUCCUCGAAAACUUUCUGAUGGGGAUCGCAUGACUUUCUGGUUCAGCGAUGCUGUGCUCUCCUAGAAACAAAUUUCCUGGCCAAACAAAUCCCUAGUUCACAUUUACUGAGAAUUGCUAUCCAUUGAACAGAGAGAUGUAAGCGAAAAUUAAAGGUUUUUACAUUUACAAUUUCCAAAAUACACUGUUUGGUUAACGAGUCA